AUGAUGUCCAAGCAAAUUCUGCGCGCAUGCAAGUUACAGGGUCUAUCUCUCCACGCUGAGGCCUUGCAAAGUCUCACCAAAGAGCUUGUAAAUGAGCCAUCACUUCAACUGGAAGAUGUUUUAUACGCUAUUAAGAACAAUAUCGAUCGUAGCAAAAUGAAAACGUCUGUGGUGACGAUGGAGGCGCUGGAGAGUGCCUUGGACACUCUAUUGGCCGUAUCUGCAGAGAACGACUUUGAAAAGAUUCAAGUAUUUGGUGCCUUUAACAUGCCAACUCUACAUUUCAACCCGUACAAUAAGUCAUACGAAUUGAAAGCAAACGUCCAUCGUCGCCUCCACGCUGGACCCGAGUCAAGGAUUCAGCUGCUGCGAAACAGAUUCAUGUCGGUGGAUCUCCGUGUCAAGCGAAACCGUUUGUUUGCACCCCCAUCGGCUGCGGUGGCCAGCACCGCCGAGUACAUAGAGUUGUCGCGGAUUGAGUCUCUACUAGGUGUGACUGGAGUGCGACGUGUGAUUGGUUUGCUAGGGCAGGACGAGCGCAAGAGAUUGUACCUAGAGGAUUUUACAUCGCGAAUCAUCGUUGAUUUUACAAACGCACUAUACACAGACGGUCUUUUUACGGUAAACUGUGUGGUGCUGGUGGAAGGUGAAGUGAUCGAUGAUGUACUUCAUGUCCAGUCAAUGGGGUUCCCACCUCCAGAGACAAAGGAGGCUUCGUUGGAUGUUCUCGGUGGUAUUGAUCCACUAGGUGUGGAGGUGUCUGCACAGCAACGCGAACAGAUUCAGUCAGCUGAAACUAAUGAUCAUCACGCCGCAUUCAUUGUGCUUUCUGACGUUCAUCUGGACGACCCAAACGUCAUGAGCAAAUUGGACGAGCUUUUUCAAGGCCUCGAAAGUGUGCAGCCAACUCUUUUCAUCCUUAUGGGCAAUUUUAUGUCAGCGUCUAUUGGUGGAGGUACGGGGUCCAACUCGCUGCAGGACUUACGGGAGUACAUGGAGGAGCUUGGAAAUCUUAUUUUAAAGUACCCAGGCAUCGCCGAUAAUUCCCGUUUUGUGUUGGUGCCUGGACCUAAUGAUCCAGGUUCGUCGCGCGCCUUCCCACGCCACACUCUUCCUGACCUUUGCACCCACGAACUUAUCCGUAAGGUACCACAUGUCACGUGUAGCACCAACCCGUGCAGGAUUCGCUACUAUACACGGGACAUUGUGAUCUUCCGUGAUAACCUCCAACAAAAAAUGCAACAACAUGCUGUUCUUCCGCCAAUGCCAAGUGAGCAAGAAAAGGAAGGAGCUGCUGUUGACGAAGACAGUGAGGCUACUCUAUCAGUCUCACAGACGGAUAUCUCUAAGCACUUAGCAAAAACACUCAUUGACCAAGCGCACUUGUGUCCACUGCCGUUGAUAGUAAACCCGAUAAAUUGGGACUUCGACUCAUCGCUGCAGCUUUUUCCUGUCCCGGACGUAUUAAUUCUCGGUGAUUCAACCGAGCAGUAUCAAUUGGGCUAUUCAUCUGUAGGUGUUUUCCACCCAGGUCCAUUUCAUGUCGACUUUUCGUUCGUCUUCUAUCGUCCGAGCACUAAUACUACCGAAUUCAGUCGUGUCGAAUAA